GUUUUUAUAAAAGUCCAGCUUCGGCCAGAAACUUCAGUGUGUUGGCUGUGGCAGCAGGUAGCAAAGUGACCCUGAGGACUUGAGUAGCCGGUAGCCCCCGCGGCUGGAGAGCAAGCGGUUACCAUGGAAGGGAUCCGUAUAUUCACUUCAGAUAAUUACACCGAGGAAGACAUGGGCUCAGGUGACUAUGAUUCCAUGAAGGAACCCUGCUUCCGGGAGGAAAAUGCCCAUUUCAACCGGAUCUUCCUGCCCACUGUCUACUCCAUCAUCUUCCUGACUGGCAUAGUGGGCAACGGAUUGGUCAUUCUGGUCAUGGGUUACCAGAAGAAACUAAGAAGCAUGACGGACAAGUACAGACUGCACCUGUCCGUGGCGGACCUCCUCUUUGUCCUCACACUUCCCUUCUGGGCAGUUGAUGCUGUGGCAAACUGGUACUUUGGGAAGUUCCUCUGCAAGGCAGUCCAUGUCAUCUACACGGUCAACCUCUACAGCAGUGUCCUCAUCCUGGCCUUUAUCAGUCUGGACCGGUACCUGGCUAUCGUCCAUGCCACCAACAGUCAGAAGCCAAGGAAGCUGCUGGCUGAAAAGGUGGUCUAUGUUGGUGUCUGGCUACCCGCUGUCCUGUUGACUAUUCCUGAUCUCAUCUUUGCCGACAUCAAGGUGGCGGAUGAGAGGUACAUCUGUGAUCGCUUCUAUCCCAGCGACCUGUGGCUAGUGGUGUUUCAGUUUCAGCACAUUGUGGUCGGCCUUCUCCUGCCUGGUAUCGUCAUCCUAUCCUGCUACUGUAUUAUCAUUUCCAAGCUGUCCCACUCCAAGGGCUACCAGAAGCGCAAGGCCCUCAAGACCACAGUUAUCCUCAUCCUGACUUUCUUCGCCUGCUGGCUGCCCUACUACAUUGGGAUCAGCAUCGACUCCUUCAUCCUUCUAGAAAUCAUCCAGCAAGGGUGUGAGUUUGAGAGCACUGUGCAUAAGUGGAUUUCCAUCACCGAGGCCCUAGCUUUUUUUCACUGCUGCCUGAAUCCCAUCCUCUAUGCCUUCCUUGGGGCCAAAUUUAAAACCUCUGCCCAGCAUGCACUUACCUCUGUGAGCAGAGGGUCCAGCCUGAAGAUCCUCUCCAAGGGCAAGCGAGGUGGACAUUCUUCUGUCUCAACCGAGUCUGAAUCUUCGAGUUUUCACUCCAGCUAACACUGAACUUUUAUACAUUAAAGAACUUUUUUUUGAAGUUACACAUUUUUUCAGAUGUAAAAGACUGACCAACACUGUACAGUUUUUAUUGACUGUUGGAUUUUUUUCUUGUAUUUGUUUAGUUUUUGUGAGGAUCAAUUGACUUAUUUAUAUAAAUAUUUUUUGUUUCAUGUUGAUAAGUGUCUAGGCAGGACCUGUGGCCAAGUUCUUAGUUGCUGUAUGUCAUUGUAGGACCGUAGAAAAGGGAACUGAACAUUCCAGUGUGUAUAGUGAAAUCACUUAAGCUAGAAAUGAUUCUCAGCUGUUUGUAAAUAAACGAUCUCUCCAUUCCAGUGGAACAUUUUCUUUUUCCUGUUCUUAAAUUCUUUGGUUAUACCAUGUGAUUUUGCUGUAGAAGAUGGCGUUUAUAACCAAAGCCUGAAGUGAUAUGGAAAUGCUGGUUUUUCAGUUUUCAGAAGUGGAUUGAUUUCCACACCUACAAUGUACAGCCUUGUAUUAAUUAAGUUGUUAAUAAAACUACAUGAUAAACCUA